UUCGGUCUGAACUGCGUGAAAGAAAAUUUGAAAUGACAGAUUCAAGUGAGGAAGUUGUUGAAGUUGUUAAUGUUGAAAAAAAUGACAAAAGCAAUUUUGAUCCAAACUCUAAAUUUGAAAGACCAGGUUGCAGUGGUGAAGUUGAAAGCAAUACAGUACAAAACUCUAUAUUUGAAAGACCAGGUUGCAGUGGUGAAGUUGAAAGCAAUACAGUACAAAACUCUAUAUUUGAAAGACCAGGUUGCAGUGGUGAAGUUGAAAGCAAUACAGUACAAAACUCUAUAUUUGAAAGACCAGGUUGCAGUGGUGAAGUUGAAAGCAAUACAGUACAAAUUUUUACAGUUUCUUGUGAAGGGAUUAUAGAAGUCAGAAAGGAAACUGAAAAACAGAUUAAAGAAAUCAUAAGUCUCAAUCAGAUGGAUUGUUUAAGUAAAUCAAAAAAUCUAUUAUGUGAAACUUCUAAAAUACCUGAGUCCCAACUUGAUUUAUCCCAAAGUCAUUUUCCAUCAAAGUUUAUAUCACGAGGGCGUCCUAAGUCAAAAGGGAAAAAAAAUGCUGUUAAACUGCGUAAAGUUUCGAAGAUCUGUUUGCCUUAUAAACAGAAGACCGUUAAAGAAAAAGUUCAUUUUUUGCUGCGGCGUCUGCUGAAAGGUGGAAGACCUAAAGAUGUUACGGUUGUUACACCUGCUGAUAUUGCAGACCUGAAUUUAGAAGCUAAAGAUCUUCCAUCAGCUCUAAUGAAUGAAAUAGUAGUUUUAGAAAUUCUUAAGCCAUUUCAACACAAGCAUGGAAGAUUUGAAGAGCUUCUUUUUUGA